UAUUCCCCAACUGUGCUGUUAAAAACCCUUCUCCUCUCGGAAGCAUUGAAUUGUGUUUAAAUGAACCAUUAACAUUAACCAUUCCGUCUUAACCAUUACUGAUAGUGCGAGUUAAACAACGUAGGGGUGAAACUCUCGCUGAGUUGAGUUCAAGAAGUUAAGAGAAAAGUCCCUCUGAUGUGUGCUGACAGCUCAGCUCCCUCCGAGCAGGAACCAGCAGAGUCCGCAGGAGGACUGAGACUCGGAUAGGUCUUCAGGCAGCAGCUUCUGGAUAAUCGAUCACACGUUUAAUAGAGGAUAAACGUGUUUAUUUCAGUUAAAUAAUGAAUUUAUUACCGUCUAAUCCUCACGGAAAUGGGCUCCUUUAUGCUGGAUUCAACCAGGAUAAUGGAUGCUUCGCCUGUGGGAUGGAGAACGGAUUCCGUGUGUACAACACAGAUCCUCUUAAGGAGAAGGAGAAACAAGAGUUCCUGGAGGGCGGGGUCGGCCACGUGGAGAUGCUGUUCAGGUGUAACUAUUUAGCACUAGUGGGAGGAGGAAAGAAACCCAAGUACCCAACCAACAAAGUCAUGAUCUGGGACGACCUGAAGAAGAAAACAGUAAUUGAGAUUGAGUUCUCGACAGAAGUCAAAGCAGUGAAGCUUCGACGUGACAGGAUCGUGGUGGUCCUGGACUCCAUGAUCAAAGUCUUCACCUUUACCCACAACCCCCAUCAGCUGCACGUGUUUGAGACCUGCUACAACCCCAAAGGUCUGUGCGUGCUGUGUCCAAACAGCAACAACUCUCUGUUGGCGUUCCCUGGGACUCACUCGGGCCACGUGCAGAUAGUCGACCUGGCCAACACGGAGAAGCCUCCGGUUGAUAUCCCCGCCCAUGAGGGGGCGCUGUGCUGCAUCGCUUUAAAUCUGCAGGGCACAAGAAUAGCUACUGCGUCAGAGAAAGGGACUCUUAUUAGAAUUUUCGACACAUCAGCGGGUCAGCUCAUACAGGAGUUAAGACGAGGAUCUCAGACAGCCAACAUUUACUGCAUCAACUUCAACCAGGACGCGUCCCUCAUCUGUGUGUCCAGCGACCACGGCACCGUUCACAUCUUUGCUGCAGAGGACCCGAAAAGGAACAAACAGUCGAGUUUGGCAUCAGCCAGCUUUCUCCCCAAAUACUUCAGCUCUAAGUGGAGCUUCUCCAAGUUCCAGGUCCCCUCGGGGUCUCCGUGCGUGUGUGCCUUUGGGACAGAGCCUAACGCAGUCAUAGCCAUUUGUGCUGACGGCAGCUACUACAAGUUCCUUUUCAACCAGAAGGGGGAGUGUUCCAGAGACGUGUACGGCCAGUUCCUGGAGAUGACCGAUGACAAAAUAUGACCCUUCACCCCUCUGCAGACUCACCAUCACACAGGCUGUUUUUCUGUUGUUUUUUUUUUUCUUUCUGUUUUUUUCUUUCGGAGGAAUCCCACGUUGCACUUCUCCGUAUCCUGACAGACUCUGUGAAGGAGCCGCAGAUGAUCGGAGGACAAUAGAGAGAGAGAAGCACAGACUUGUGGAAACCCCUCACAGCGAAGACGAACAAACAAACAAGCGAUGUAGACGUUUGUCUCUCACAGACUCCUGGGAGAGUUUGUCUCUGGACGGAGGCUCACGCACGCCCGCCUGACUUCAAACCAAACUCCAGAGGGAAAAAAAAAAAAAAGAGGGAAAGUUAUUUUUUGAAUGAGCAACACACCGCUUUUUAAGACGUCUUCCGAGGAAUUUACAAAAAAGGACGGAUUAUUUUUAAUCACAGAGGAUUCUGAUAGUUAGACAGAUUGACUAACACCUCCUAACCUAACGAUAGGGAGUGCCUCGAGACAUGAGAGAAUCUGUAUGUGUGCACACAUCACCAUACUUACAUGCGUACAUGUGUCUGUAAAUAACAUUGUACCACAGCAGGUGUUUGCAGAGCAGGAUCACAAUGAGCUCACUGGUUUUUUUUUUUUUUUGUAAGGUUCAUUGAGCAGACGGAUCCGGCUUCAUGAAGCGUCACCUGUAUUAAUAGACUUUCUUAUAUGUGCUGUAAAAACAACAAAAACACGCAGACUGAACUUCUAUCUCCUCUCAACUGUACAGAGCGGAAGAAAAUGUAAAGUGUGUUUUUGUUUCUCGUCUUUUUUUCUUUCUUUUUCACACGUGCAAUAUGUGUUUCCCCAAACUGUUUCUGUUCAGAGACCGUGGAGGUCGUUUGCCCGGGAGGAGGUUAAAGACAUCGUUUAUCGGUUAUAUCUGUCGUUGUGAGGAGAUCAUGAGAAGAUUAAAACUGUUAAUACGGCAGGCGAGCGUGCAGACUGUACACACCUGCUGCUCUUUACGAUGACUGAACGUUAGCUCAUACUGAUCCCCUACAGCUCAAUCGCUCACAACAGCUUCUCUAAAUCUGUUCAAACACCUAACUGUAAAAAAGCAUUUUCAGGGGCCGAUGUGCUCGAUUCAUGAUGAUUUCCUUCAGCUCUGUAACCUCCUCGAUGUUUAAAAGUUCCGUAUGAAUCGAUCAGACUAACUCACCUUUCCAGCUUUUAAACAAAUCUUACAGUCAUGACUCUGACGUUGAUCUACAGCAAGAAGAGUUAUAACCACACUCCACCACUAUUACCACUACACUCCACCACACCAUUCAGGCUACACAAAAACUUACAAAUAAUCAGUGUUCGAGGAUCUAAUCUUUAUGGUACAGAAGUUAUAGUUUCAGACAGCUGUUAUCCUUUAAGAGGUUUGAGGGUGAAAACCUGAAGAGCCACCUGUCCUCAUUCUGUUUAAUUACAACCUCUUACCACUUUCCUCUCAAAAAAGUUUAAGUUACUAAUUCAUCAUACAUUACGACUUUCAUCUCAUAAAGUACGACUUUUAUUCAAAUUACAACUUUCCCCUUAAAAUAACAUCUUUCUCAUAAAAUUACGACUUUCCUUCCAGAAAAGUUCUGACUAAUUCAUUAUACGUUACGACUUUCCUCUCUUUGAAGUACGACUUUUCCCUCAAAAAUACCCGCGUUUCUUUCAUAAAAUGACGACUUUAUUCCCGUAAUGCUGUGACUUUAUUCUCUUGCGUCUUUUUUCCUGUAACCUCAGUAUUUAAUUAUCAAUAUCUCUCUUUAUUUUCUCAGUCCUAGGUUCUGAGCGUGAACAUCGUAAAAGUUUAAUUAUUUACUCUUACUGCCGGUGAUCAAAUAAAUGUUUCAUGAUUUACUUUGAAAAUACUAUUUUAUUGAAAAUCAGAUGAGAAGAUAAAUAAACACCAAGUAACCUGUAAGCAAACUAAUCUAAAUGAAGCUACAACCAGAAGCUACUUUGGUUAGCCUAGCUUAGCAUAAAGACUGUAAAUGGUUUUUAUGCUAAGCUAAUGUUACCUCUUCACCAAACAAGUUUCAAAAAUGUGUAAAAACCAAGUAGAUGACACACGGAGUGUAAAAUCACCACGGAUGAUGACAGUGUUUAUAUUUUCCACGACAACUCUAUUCCCUUCUAUCAAGGUUUUAUGCUAAGCUCAGCUAACUAGCCUUAGCUUCUUACUCACAUUAAAGUAGUUAACAUUCCUCAUAACUAGAAGGAGAGUUAUUGUAUUUCCCUUCAUCUUAAUGUUUUUUAAAGAGUUUCCAGGAGUGCUGUGUUUUACGGCGGCGUGUUGCAUUCACAUGACUUAGUUUUUCUGAAUGAUCAAAGAUACCGGUCCCUCAAACUCCCACCAGCAGCUCUCAUUUAGACCCCUGAAAGACACAAACCUUCACAGACUGUUAAGUAUAACUCGGCUUCAUCAAGGUUUGGGUUUUGACACACGUGUGUAGAUACUCAUGUCUUCAGGUUAGAGAUGCUGUUGUGAGUUUGUUGACUUUAUGCAGACGAUGAGACGCGUGUCAGACUUAAUGUUAGGCUAACAUAAGCUAACGAGCCUCUAGCUCACUGGCCUGCCCUCAGGACCCACCAACCAAACUCCUUUAGAAGAAAUUGCGACCCAAAACUUCUUUAAAAUGAUAAAAUGUUGCAGGUUGGACCUCGGAUAGAGAGAGCAAAAAAAGAAACAAAACAAACAUGUUUAAAAAAAGCCAAUAGCUUAGCGGUUAUGCAUGGAGGUCGAACUCCUCAUCGCAGCGGACGUGUGUGUCGUCCCCCACUCUCUCUCUCUCCCAACAUUUCCUGUCUCUCUUCAGCCGUCCUGUCUAGUAAACCCCAAACUUAAGCGCUUCGUAGACUUUUUGAAACCAUUUCUCUCCAGGCUCACACAUUCUGGACCCACUGAGAACGGCUCCUUGACCAUCUUUUGGGUCCCGACCCACCACUUGAGAACCUCAGCUCUAGCUUUAGUUUGACCGUUCAGACCUCAGAGCUGCGUCAGACUUCUCACAGCAAGAAAGAAAAGAGACCGAUUCCCCUUAAAAUGUUUGAAAUGUUCCUUUAAGUUUGUGAGAUUUGAGCAUCUCUUCUUGUCGUACUCAACGAGCACGCUUUCCAUCUUAACUGUUUUUAUUUCCACACUAAAGCGAAGAUCGGCCGUAAAAAUAUUACAAAUGUUUUGCACUUAAUAUAAAACUGCACUUCUUAAUGUGGAUACAUGAUCAGUCUGAUAGAAUCAGAGGUGGUCUGCAGGAUCACAGCUUCUCCCUGCACCCUUCUGUCGUCUCAUUUGCGUUCAUCUGCUUCGCCCCAAAACAGCAGCGAGCCGUUCAGCUAACGCACUGAUGAAGAUCUGCUCAGUAUGGAUCCAGCUAAAAGGAGUGUGAGUGUAACACAAUGACUUCUAACACUUUGUUUUCUUUGUCACACAUCUGUUGACUCCGUGCAUUCUCUUCUUGUGUUGCUCUCUUUCUGCAUCAGAUUGUACAGCUGCAGGUGUCACAGCGCUCGCCGCUCACGGCACAAACUGAAAAGCCAACGUGUUUCUGACACUCUCAGAAUGAUUGUAAAACCUUCAUUUAAAGUUGUGAAUAAAAUUUAACAUCUGCUUUUACAGUUAAAAUGUA